CGGCAGCACGCGCUACUCCGGUCUGUCAGUGUUCACUUCGACAUUCAGUCUGAACGGGACCAGGACGGGACCAGGACGGGGCCAGGAACCAGGACCGGAACAGAACCGUGAUAACAGGAACCUUCCUCUUUUUCUUGUCCCGCUCUGGUGGCUCUAACUCGGCUCGGCUCAGCUUGGAUUGUCCUCGUGUGUUGCAGAUCUGUGAGCUCGAACUGUUCCGGUACCGACAUGUCGCCGGACAUGAACGGGACCGGACCGCGCGGGACGGAUCUGUGACCGCCGCGUGCCAGAGCGCGCGCGUCCAAGCGUAUGAAUGAAUGACAGAAGAUGGAGCGAAAAGUACUGAGUCAGGUGAUCUGUGUGUUCGUGCUGCUGAGUGGACGAGUCUCUCCGGCCGAGUUAACCUGUGAAACGUUGAUCCUGCUGUCAACUAACCUGACAGCGAGGACAUUGGCAUUACUAAACCAGACAUUCACCAUCAGUAACUCCUCAGGUGUGUACUGUGACCUGUCUGUGGAUGGUAUAGGAACCUGUUGGCCUCGCAGUGCAGCAGGGGAACUGAUCUCCAGACCUUGUCCUGAGCAGUUCAACGGGAUCCACUACAACACGACCAACCGGGUGUUCAGGGAGUGCCUCUCUAACGGCAGCUGGGCUCCUCGAGGAAACUACAGUCAGUGCACCGAGAUCAUCAUCCUGAGGAAGAGUAAAGUUCAUUAUCAUGUGGCCGUCAUCAUCAACUAUCUGGGUCACUGCAUCUCUCUGGGAGCUCUGCUGCUCGCCUUCACCCUCUUCAUGAGACUCAGGAGCAUUCGCUGUCUGAGGAACAUCAUCCACUGGAAUCUGAUUUCAGCUUUCAUCCUGAGAAAUGCAACCUGGUUCAUCGUCCAGUUGACGAUGAACCCUGCUGUUACCGAGAGCAACCAGGUGUGGUGCAGGUUGGUGACUGCAGGUUACAAUUACUUCCAUGUGACCAACUUCUUCUGGAUGUUCGGUGAAGGCUGCUACCUGCACACCGCCGUCGUUCUCACAUAUUCCACCGACAAACUGAGGAAAUGGAUGUUCAUCUGCAUCGGCUGGGGUAUUCCGUUCCCCAUCAUCGUGGCGUGGGCUUUCGGGAAGCUGUACUACGACAACGAGAAGUGCUGGUUUGGAAAGAGGGCGGGGGUUUAUACAGACUACAUCUACCAAGGCCCCAUGAUCCUGGUCCUGCUGAUUAACUUCGUCUUCCUGUUUAACAUCGUUCGGAUCCUGAUGACCAAACUGAGGGCGUCAACAACCUCAGAGACCAUCCAGUACAGGAAGGCGGUGAAGGCGACGCUGGUGCUGCUGCCUCUGCUAGGAAUCACGUACAUGCUGUUCUUUGUGAAUCCCGGAGGAGAAGACGAGGUCGCUCAGAUCGUCUUCAUCUACUUCAACUCCAUCCUGGAGUCUUUCCAGGGUUUCUUCGUCUCCGUCUUCUACUGCUUCCUCAACAGUGAGGUGCGCUCUGCAGUCAGGAAGCGUUGGAUUCGUUGGCAGGACCGUCACUCCAUCCGCAGCCGGGCGGUGCGCGCCACAUCACUGCCCACCUCUCCGAGCAGAGUGUCCUUCCACAGCAUCAAACAGUCCUCCAACCUCUGACACACCUGCUGAACUCACCAAUCAGAGUCCAUGAUGGGACUGCACUCAGCUAAACGGAGCUGGACCAGCUGAUCAAAUCAGCCAAUCACAAUGUGGGACACUGAUUUAUGACGCUGAUUGAUCAGGAGUCUUUUUGGCCCCACCUCACUUUACCUUCUGACCAGUCACUGGACUGACAGCUGCUCUCACGUGGUCACAUGACACAUCAGGCAGCUGGACUGUGUUCAGUAAUCAAUAACUUUAUUAAUAAUAAGGUAAAUCUGUCUAUACUUAUAGGUAGUAAGUAUAUUUAUUUAUAAUUAAUGAAUGGCAUUUGUCAAUACUAUAAUAUUGAUCACCAGCGUUCUCUUAUUGGCCAGAGCUAACACACACACACACACACACACACACACACACACACACACACACACACACACACACACACACACACACACACACACACACACACACACACACACACACACACACACACACACACACACACACACACACACACACACGCACACACACACGCACACACACACACACGCUGCAGUUGAUCUAAAAUCCUUCCACAGGAUGAGGUUCCUGAAUGCAACACAAACACACCACCAGGGGGCGCUGCCACCAACUGAACAUGUGAAUUCUUCUUUGGUUUCUUUAGUAUUCUAUUCUGAUUCAUUAAAGCACAAAUCACACAGUUCUGACCUGGUUAUGGCAGAAUAAAAAUUAGAACAAAUGUCCUGAGGUAAGACAGCAAAUAUGGAAAUUAGAAAGAAAUAUGCAGAUUAUUACAAAUUCAGAGGAUAAAAUAGUAAUAUUGAUGAUACUUUUUGGAGUUAUAAGAAAACACCAGAAACUAGAACUGUGUCCAGGAGUUUCUGUUUCUGUGUGUUUGUGGAACAUUUGCACUUUGACGCUGUAAACAGCAGCUUCACGUUAACUGUUUAUCAUGAAUUGUAAUUACUGUCCACUGUAAACCUUCAUUAAACCAAACAGGGCCUCCUCAUCCACACCAUUAGUACUAGCUGUAACCAUAGCAACCCCAGUGACUAUGACUAUAGUAACCGUAGUAACCAUAGUUUAGUUAGUAGGUCUGAAGGAAACACUCAGGAUGAAACACAAACUGCUUUUUAUUACCGUGCCUGAUGUUUGUCUGAGUGUGUGUGUGUGUGUGUGUGUGUGUGUGUGUGUGUGUGUGUGUCUCUGUGUGAGUGUUGAUUGAUUGAUUGAUUCAGAGCUCUGAUCAGUGGCAUUAUUAGCUGGUAAAGCUUGAUAUGUGAUUUCGUAAAUGUUGAACAAAGUGAAAUCUCUAAUGUUUCAGAGAAGGAGUGCUUGCUUUGUGCACCACACACAAGAAUAAAGGAGGGCCGGGUGGAGUUUAAUCUGACACUGUACAUUUAGAUGUUACCCUUCUGUAUCUGCUGAUGUCUGAUAUGUAUGAAAUAAAUUCAUCCUCAGGA